AUGGAAAAGAAUCGAAAGCCUGUUGAAAAUGGAAUUUCGGGUUACUAUAUGAACACUGGCAGUGAUCCUCAAUUGGUUUCUGAUGUUAUUGCAUAUCUCAUAAAGGAAUUUGACAUGAAGGAUUUGAGAGUUUUGAACUACUUCUUAGGAUUGCUAAAAGAUGAUGGGAGACCUUAUCACAGUCCUGACCAGUAUCGAAGUAUUGUUGGAGCACUGCAAUAUCUCACGUUUACUCGACCUAAUAUAGCAUUUUCAGUUAAUCAAGCUUGUCAGUUUAUGCACAAUCCUAUGGAAUCACAUGUUACUGCAGUAAAAAGAAUAAUUAGGUAUCUCAAAGGCACUUCGGAGUAUGGUAUUCAAUUUCAAUCAGGAACAAUCUAUCUACAAUCAUAUAGUGAAGCAGAUUGGGCUGGAGAUCCAAAUGACAAAAGGUCUACAUUUGGUUUCAUUGUGUUUCUUGGUUCCAAUCCAAUUUUGUGGGCUUUGAACAAUGCUUUCAAGAGAGAGCGGGAGGAACAAAAUCUUGCUUCUUGCAAAUGGUUGAUGCUGCAAAAUCCCUUAAAUUGGAAACCAAAUCUGAGAUCUCAAAAUUUCUAA